AACUGUGUGGGCGCGCCACCGCCCUUCAAAAAAAAGCAAGAAAGCACUUUCUCCAUUUGCCGGCGUGAUUGCGACAAAUGCUCUUAUCGCAAAUUUCCCUUUCAACUAAAUGCAGCGUGAUAAUUAUGUUUGGUCGCCAUUUGUCACGAUGCAGGAGAAUUUAGCCGCUUUCAUUUGGGUGUGGCGUUAAACGGCACAUUUCUCGCAAUGGAUACUCAUUGGUGUUUGUUCGCAUUUGCUUCUGCCGCGGCACUUUCACUCUUGUUACAUGCCUUGAUAUGUUUGCUGGGACAAUUGACGCGGCGAAAGCAGGUAAAGAACGCAAAGAAGGCGCUAAUCGUCAUAGCGCAUCCGGACGACGAAAGCAUGUUUUUCGGACCCGUUAUUUUGGGACUACAACAGGAAGGUUGUGAACUUUACUUACUUUGUUUGUCUAUAGGGGACUACUAUAAAAGGGGAGCAGAGCGUAAGGCAGAACUACAUCGCAGCUGCCGCGUUUUAGGGAUCAAGGCUGACAACAUCACCAUAGUACAACAUAGUGACAUGCCUGAUGACCCGAAGGCAACAUGGAGUUCUGCCCUUGUAGGAAACAUUGUACAGAAAUAUGCAGAGUGCCUAUCUGUGGACAUAAUCGUAACCUUUGAUGGGUCCGGUGUCAGUGGCCACGUAAACCACAUCUCUGUUUACAGUGGAAUUGUGGAGCUACUCAAAAGAGGUGCCAUCUCUCAAGAUUGUAAAUUAUAUGUGGUGCAGUCAGUGAACAAGCUGAGAAAAUACACAGGAAUGCUAGAUACGGUUCCCAGUUACCUGAUGGCACAGUACGCUUACGUUCUACCGUGGAGUAAGGUCUCCCUGGUCAGGAAAGCCUUAUAUGAGCACAGAAGCCAAAUGCUGUGGUUCAGGCACCUUUACAGUAUAUUCUCGCGUUACAUGGUCAUCAACACACUUCACGAGGUCGUCAUCCAGUCCAGGAAGGACGACUAGAGCUCCGUUAUGGAAACUGUUAGGAGUGCGCUUCUGCACGACUCCGUCCACAGACUUUUUUUGAAAACGUGUUGCCUACUGAUGGUUUGUUGUAAAAGCUCAUUUUGUGACUAUAUACAUCGUUUUUAUAAAUUAUGACGCAGCUGCGUUAAAGCACA